CUCUCCUCCACUCCCAUUACACCACAACACAUAACAAAUGGGAGAAACCCUAACCCUAACCCUAACCCUCCUCCUCGUCGUCCUCCUCCUCCCCCAUUCUCGAGCUGUUCCCAUGGCGAUCAUCGUCCCCGACCCCUCCUCCUCCUCAUCCUCCUCGCCGCCGCCGCUCGCCGCUCCGCCGCCCACCGCCGGCGGCGACCUCCCCGCCCUCCCUUCCGACCACCCCGCCUCCGCCGCCGCCGCGCCGAACUCCGUCGCCGUCGCCGGCGCAGCCGCGCCGGAGGGCGGCGGAGGGGUCCCGUUCAUCGGCAGCAACCCGGCAGUGCCGAUCCCGACGGGGGUCACGGAUUCGGCCACUAUCUUGCCGUUGCCGUCGCCGAGAGCCGGAGGAAAUCAGGUGGCAGGAUCAUCGGGGCCGUCGAUCAAAGAAGGAACGGCCACGAUGGUGUUGGGGGUGAUGCUAUUCUCUAUUGGUUUGGUGCUUGAGUGCUUCUUGUAUUAGGGGGCCUACAUUGUGAGUUUUUGAUGAUGGGUUUGGGCUCAGGGGCAUUUUUGUAAAAACGGAGUACUAGCUAGUGUAGUCUCUCGCUAUUGCCGAGUUUCACUUCUCACUCUCUAUUAAACUCGGCAAUUUGUCACAUAACCAUGCAUAUAGAAUUUCUAAGGCCUAAUUUUGAAA